AUGGGCAAGAUGGACAACACCUCCGUGGAGCUCAGCUCUCCCUCCGAGGUGAAGCAGGCAGCCCUGGAGGAGUCAGAGCCCAUCACCCCUGAGGCUGUGAGCACUAAGAAGAAGAAGAAGGAGAUCCCAGACAGAGGUUCCUGGAAGGGAAGAUUUGAUUUCUUGCUGUCCUGUGUGGGCUAUGCUAUUGGGCUGGGCAACGUCUGGCGCUUCCCGUAUCUCUGCGGCAAGAACGGAGGAGGGGCCUUCCUCAUCCCCUAUUUCCUGACGCUGGUGUUUGCUGGGAUUCCUCUCUUCCUGCUAGAAACUGCUUUGGGCCAGUAUACCUCUGUCGGUGGACUUGGAGUCUGGAAGUUAGCGCCCAUGUUUAAAGGAGUGGGGCUGGCAGCUGUGGUUCUCUCCUUCUGGCUGAACAUCUACUACAUUGUCAUCAUUGCCUGGGCUCUCUACUAUCUCUUCAACUCCUUCACUGCGGACCUGCCGUGGCAGAGCUGCGGGAAUGCCUGGAACACCGAUCGCUGCUUCUCCAACUACUCCCUGGAUGACACCACCAACCUCACCAGUGCUGUCACCGAGUUCUGGGAGAGGAACAUGCAUCAGAUGUCUGGAGGCUUGGGGGAGCCGGGCACCAUCCGCUGGCCCCUGGCUGGCACACUGGCCCUGGCCUGGCUGAUGGUCUACUUCUCCAUCUGGAAGGGUGUGGAGUGGACAGGCAAGGUAGUGUAUUUCUCAGCCACCUACCCCUACUUCAUGCUUUUCAUCCUCUUCUUCCGGGGAGUCACGCUGCCGGGAGCCAAGGAGGGGAUCCUCUUCUACCUCACGCCCGACUUCAGAAAGCUCUCUGACUCUGAGGUCUGGAUGGAUGCAGCCACACAGAUCUUCUUCUCUUAUGGCCUGGGGCUGGGGUCUUUGAUUGCUCUGGGGAGCUACAACACCUUCCACAACAAUGUCUACAGAGACUCCAUCAUUGUCUGCUGUAUAAACUCCACCACAAGCGUGUUUGCUGGGUUUGUUAUUUUCUCUAUUGUUGGCUUCAUGUCACACAUCACCAAGAAGUCAAUCUCAGAACUGGCCUCCUCUGGCCCUGGACUGGCUUUCCUCGCCUACCCGCAGGUUGUCACACAGCUGCCCCUGUCUCCUCUCUGGUCGAUCCUCUUCUUCUCCAUGCUGAUGAUGUUGGGUCUGGAUAGUCAGUUCUGCACUGUGGAAGGGUUCAUUACAGCCCUGAUGGAUGAGUAUCCUCAUCUCCUGAGAGCCAAGAAGAAGGUCUUCAUUGCAGUAGUCUGUUUCAUCUCUUAUCUCAUUGGAUUCUCCAACAUCACCCAGGGUGGCAUUUAUGUCUUCAAGCUGUUUGAUUACUACUCUGCCAGUGGCAUGUGUCUUCUCUUUCUUGUCUUCUUUGAGACCAUCUCAAUUUCUUGGUGUUAUGGUGUGAACAGGUUUUACAGGAACAUUGAAGAAAUGAUUGGCUACAAACCUUGCAUAUGGUGGAAAAUCUGCUGGGCCUUCUUCACUCCUCUUGUCUGCCUGGGCGUGUUUUUCUUCAGUGUGGUGGAAAUGACCCCUCUGACACUGGGAAAAUAUGUCUAUCCUCUGUGGGGACAAGGCAUUGGUUGGCUUAUGGCUCUGUCCUCCAUGAUACUGAUUCCAGGAUACAUGCUGUACAGUUUCUUCACCUCAACAGGGACCCUCCGGCAGCGCUUGCAGCAGAUGACACAGCCCAGGCCAGAGGUGCACGCUCAGAACAACGGCCUCCAGCCAAAGACGUCUUUGAAUGGGAGGAUCUCGGAUGCUGCUGUUUAGGAGAGCUCGGACCUCCUCACCCUGCCCUGUAGCUGCUCACGCCACACUGACCCUCCAGCUCCUCCGGCACAGCUCGCUGUCCCUGGCUCUGCAGUGGCUUUCACUUCUCCAAGAGAGGACCUGGCACAGGAACUCUUCAUUCCCAGCCCGGCUUACUAAGGCCCUGCAGGACUGCCACCAGUGACCACCUCCUGCAACAUGUCGGUCCAGGCUCGCACAGAGAACUGGCUGGUGCCCAGAUCUUCCUCCUCCUCACAAGGAGAGCUUAGACUGAUUGCUGACCACUUGUAAACCUUUCCUUUGCCUUACCUUAUGAACCUCCACAGGGCAUCCCAUAGCACACAGCUGUGCUGUCACUCCCAGAGAGCCAGGUGACACCAGAUUCAAAUCCCAGAUGGUUAGUGAUUGAUCUAGCAUAAACCAGCACUACCCAAUGCAUAACUGGAGGGGAUGUGGUCCAAUGAGGGAUUCCAGUGAGGAGUCCAGCAUGUUGGUAGCUGUAGAACUUCACCCCAAAAGUGGAGAAGGGCAUCAGGACAGUGUGUGCUGCUCACGGGUGGUGUGUUUCACCCCUGUGCAGUCUCCAGCCAUUUCCACUGCAUCCAUUGGGGCUGGUACUGUGAGCCAGAGCAUAGCUGUUUAGGCAGCCUUUUCCUUCUGGAGCAUCCUGCCCCUUCAGUUGUGUGCAGCAGCCA